UUAUUGCCUGCCCCGCCCCCACGGAUCCUCCUGUAAUGAUUGGCUGCGCUGCCUCCUGCUCUCCUCUUUCACUUAGGCGGCUCUUCGUCGGCUUUGGAUGGGCUGCCGGGUCUCGUUGCCCCCCAGCGAAUGCUCUGAGCAAGAUCUGGUAGUGUUGGAUCCUGGGAAGCUGUGGAAGAGUGUAGCUGCAGUUUGGCUAGCAGUCCCAGUAGCACUAGCCCGGGGCGGAAGCAUCUGGCAGCAAUGUCUGAGCGGAAGAGGCCACGGAGCGUGGUGGCCUGGCAGAGCAAGGCUGAAUGGGACCAAGUGAUGGUGGGCCUGUAUUGUGGGGACGCUGACAUGCAACGAGAUGCAUUGGACCGAGUAUCUGCUUGGAAGAGCAGAUAUGGACAUCGGAUGCCUUUAGCGGUGGAAUGCACCGCAGAUCUGAUUCGUUGUAAAAUCCUGGAUACCUCUGGAACUCUGGAAUCCCAUGAUCUGGUCCUUACGUAUGGUCUUGCUCUUGUGAGGUUUGUGAAUCUCAUCACAGAGCGGAAGCAAAAAAUUUUCAACAUCCCGUUGAGACACCUAGCUAAAGAGAUGAACAUCCCAGUCUGGAUUGUGAACCUCCGCCACGAACUGACACACAGCAACCUUCCUCAGCUGGCUGCUUGCCAAAAAGGCUGUGAUGUCGUACUGGACUGGCUCCGGCGCACAUACUGGAGCCGUCAGCUGGGCAAUAACCUAGCUGGAGACUGGGAGGAGGAGGAGGAGGAUUCACCAUCAACAGAUACUGGGGAUGACAGCAGUCCAGAGGAGCCUGACAAAUCACAGUCUCCAGGCUGUCGGAAACACCAGGAGCUCCAGGAGAAAGUUGCAGAUGUUCUGGUUUCCUACAAAAAUCAACAGUUUGAGGUUCUCCAGCAGCUGCAGAACAUCAGUCAGGCCUGCAAAGUGUGGUGCAGCUCUUCCUCGGAGAUUGAGUGGAUUGUGGCCCAGAUGAAAGACUUGUUGCAAGAGAACAGGGAGAUUGUGGCUGGAGCCUUGCUUGACGACGGCUUUCUCAUUCCAACCGUGGAAGAGCUGCACAUCUUGAAUAUUGACUCUCAAGAAAGCAAAGAGUGGGAUUUUAAAAUUCCUCCUACGCUUCUCCGCUUUUGGCAACCCCUUCUGAAGAGCCUGCAUUCCAAAGACUUCACACAGACUCUGCUUGAGAAAAUGUUCAACAAGCUGAAAAAACACACCCGGGAUUCCGAGUGUAGCUCACAGUAUCUCAUCAAGUGGAUCACAAAAAUUCUGAAGGCCAACAUGCAAUCUAAGAAAAAGCUAAAGCGUUCUUACAAAAGCAAAAGCUCCCCGGAGCUGUUUCUCCAUCACGUUUCGCUGCAGUGGCAAAAACUCCUUGAUGGUUGCUUGGAAGCUCCUUGCUGGGCAAGCCCCCGUCUCCUGCAUCUGAUUCUGUCAAGCAUGGAGCCGCCUUUGCCGCCCGAGUCUCAGGAGAAGCUUCUCUACUUGACCUCCAUCUACACCCAAGAAGAUGGCUCCCUUCCCAGCCCGGGCUCAGCCCCGGAUCUCCACAGGCAGCCUAUUUACACCGUGGAGAGCUUACAAUGGAAAGUAAAGCAGAGCGGCGCAACCCGACGGCUUGCCAAGAGAGCGAGGAGGUGCAAGAUGCCAUUGGGAGCUACUGAAGAAGAAGGGACGACAGAGGAGGAGGAAGAAGUGGAGGAGGAAGAAGAGAUGCAAACUCAGCCAGCACCUCCACAAGAAUCUUUCUGCCCCGAGAACUCAAUGGCUCUAGCUGAGAAAAAGGUGGCGCUCCAGGGGUCUGUCUGGCAGGUCAGCCCAGAUGGGGUGAAGUGGAAAGAUUUCCCUCUGGGGAAGUUGCCAGGCCAGGCCGAUGAUCCUGACGGCCUGCUGGUGGAGAACUACUCCACGUUGUCAGCCCUCGACCAACCGGUGGACGGAGACAAGAAGAGCUCCCCCAGUGCUACCUUCUGCCAAAGCUGGGACCACAAGCAGGACAUCUCCUGCUGCUCACACCAAGCGGGCCCCCUGGUAAUGGAGAAGACACUCCCUCGUGUUAUCCUGUUUGCAUUCCACAAAAGAUGUUUUCUAAUGGAAGCAGCAAGUACACAAAGUUACUGUGGAAAAGCACUUCAGAAUGGGGCAGCUCUGUUGCUGAGGGCUUAUUAUGGACCCAGAGUGAGCUCCAUAAAUUGAAAAGUGGCCUUCAACUUUUCUAACAAGUGGAUUGUGUCCUGAUAUUACAGAGGAAUAUAGUGUUAAAAGGUGCAUUCCGGGUACAAGGGGAGAAAAACAGAAGAUGGCCCCUGUCUUCCUAUCAGUGUAGCUUCAUCUACUACAUUGCAGAAACUGGCUUUCCCCCCUAAAUUUAAAGAUGGAGGCAAUGUGUACUAUAGGGAUAGCAGAGCUACUUACUGUUUAUAAACACGGACUGCAUUUGAAUAAAACAUCCUUUAUUUUUU